GGGCGGAGCUGAUGAUGCAUUGAGAAAGAACGUGGAUCUCUGUUCAACUGGAUUUGCUGCUGCCUGAAUAUCUGCGUGUGUGUGUGCCUCUCCCUCCUCAGUGUGUGUUCAGCUCUCUGUCCGCUUCUCCUCUUCCUCACAACUCACAGCAGACGGCAAGAUGUCGUUUUUAUCAGGCUUAGUCGGCGGCAUCAUCAAAGCUGUCAUAGAUAACAUCGAUGCCGAUACUUUUCAGAGUUCAGACCCUCCUCCUUGCAGACCUGUUCAAUUCGCAGAGUCUCAUGAGAGCGAAGAGGAGAAACAGUUUCGGAGAGUUUUCAAGCAGCUGGCUGGAGAAGACAUGGAGGUCAGCCCCAAGGAGCUGAUGGACAUCCUCAACAGAAUCAUCUCCAAACAUGGAGGCCUGAAGACUGACGGCUUCAGCAUCGAGUCCUGCAGGAGCAUGGUCGCUGUCAUGGAUAGCGACAGCACAGGGAAACUGGGCUUCCACGAGUUCAAAUUCAUGUGGAACAACAUCAAGAAGUGGCAGGGCAUCUAUUUGCAGUAUGACAGAGAUGGCUCAGGUACAAUCUGCUCCCAAGAACUGCCGGGUGCCUUCAAGGCUGCAGGUUUCCCUCUGAAUGACCAACUCUUAAAGCUGAUUAGCCGUCGCUAUAGCGAUGAGCACGGAGACAUGGACUUUGACAAUUUCGUUGGCUGCCUGGUGCGACUGGACGCCAUGUGCAGAGCCUUCAAGACCCUGGAUAAGGACCACAGUGGCCACAUCGACCUGGACAUCAAGGAGUGGCUUCAGCUGACCAUGUACUCCUGAGGCGACGCAGAGAAGCUGCUGCACAACACAAACUUCUUCUCCAUCUCAUCCCUCACUCCCUCCACUCCUGUGUGACCCCAUUGUUUCCAUGGUAACGGGACCAAAAUGUCAAGGGAAAAAUCAAACCGGGACCAAAGUCAGCGCCGAUGCUACAACGCUACAACGUCCACGUGUUAGAGAGCUCUGUUUUAUGUUUUAGGGACAAAUGUUUUAUCAGAAACUGAAUAAAGUGGCACAACUGACAUUAAA